CCCCUUUCUCCAACACUCCUACUCCUCCCUCUCUCCCUCUCUCACGCUCCCUCCUCCUCCUCCGAUGCCCUUUACCCCCGCCGUCUGCCCUCCCUUCUCGCCGGACAUCACUGCCAAGCCAUGGCGAACCACCCUCAAACCCAUCCCGACGCCAUAGGCGACGACGACUUCUUUGAACAAUUCCUCUCCAUGCCCUCUUACACCUCUGCCGACCCUGGCUCUUCCGGACCUGAGGCUGGACUCUCCGGCAUCGCUCUCCAGCUCAGUUCCGGUGAUGGCUCCGCCGCUGGGUUCCCGGGCUCCGUUUUCCCCCUUGGGCUUAGCCUCGAGCAAGGGAGGGGUGGGUUCCCUUUGCCGGAAGAGGCAUCUGGGAGUGGGAAACGCUUCCGAGAUGAUGUUGAUGGCAAGGCUCCGCCGAAGCCGGAACUGGCGAGCUUGUUCCCAGCGUUUGGACAAGUCCAGGCACAUCAAAUCCGGCCAAAUCCUCCACCUCAGGUUUUUCAUGCUCAAGUAGCACAUGGUGGUGUAACUGCCGGACCACAGCCUCCAGCACCACGGCCGAGGGUGCGGGCGAGGCGAGGACAAGCCACUGAUCCACAUAGCAUAGCUGAAAGGUUACGUAGAGAAAGAAUAGCUGAAAGGAUGAGGGCUUUGCAAGAAUUGCUCCCCAACUCUAAUAAGACAGAUAGAGCUGCCAUGCUUGAUGAGAUUCUAGAUUAUGUGAAGUUUUUAAGGCUUCAAGUCAAGGUUCUAAGCAUGAGCAGGCUGGGUGGUGCUGGUGCGGUGGCUCAGCUGGUAGCUGAUAUUCCACUGUCGUCAGUUGAGGGUGAUACCAGUGAGGGUGGAAACAAACAGCAGGUGUGGGAGAAAUGGUCCACUGAUGGCACAGAAAAGCAAGUUGCAAAACUCAUGGAAGAGGACAUUGGUGCAGCAAUGCAGUUCCUCCAAUCAAAAGCUCUAUGCAUCAUGCCAAUCUCACUCGCGACCGCUAUCUAUCACUCGCAACCACAGCCUGAAUCCCCCACAGUAGUUAAGCCUGAACCGAACUCCUCUUCAUAACGGACUUCACUUGGAUUGCAUUGCCAGAAAUCAAAAUACAAUGCACAGGCCCCACCAUUCUCCGAAAAAUCUGGUAGUCAAGAUAAUUCUCCAAAGGUAUCCCACCAACAUCGAUAUCGCUAUCUCGUUUUCUUUUUUCGCCUUUGUUUUAUGUCAAAGUUGCUGUGAUUACAAGGUCCGCUAAAGCUAAAGAGCCCACUAGGAAUCAUCUCCAGAACUCUCAAAGUCUUUCAAAUCUUUUUUAUUUAAAUUUUUUUUUAGGUGAAGGAGAUGUUUGUCAAAGUUCUUGCUUGAUCUAAUUUUUGGUUUUUGAGGUCUGUAGUGCACUGACCAAGCACUUUGUAGUGGGGAAUGUACUCUUUACUGUUGUGGUGGAUGGUGGGGCCUCUAAAAAGGAUUGCUGAUGGAUAUAUCUAAAUAUAUAUAUAUAUAUAUACAUAUAUACAGAUCACCAUAAUGUGUAUUCUAAGAAUUAGAAAGAAAGUUGAAAUGGA